AUGGCUCCGGUAGAUGGCCUCUCAGGAGCUGCGGGAAAUGAAGGUUCAACUGGAGCCUCAGAGAUUCCAAGCAUACCUCUUCAUGAGCCCCAGCCUCUUCAAUCCCCUUUGCCUUCUUCGGAAUCUAUAGAAGGAGCCCGGGUGGACCGGCAAACAGCAGAGGACAUUUCCACGAAGUCUUUGUUUGGGCCCUUUCCAAUAUCAACAGAAACAAGUGAUGACGGUCAGCAAGGCGUCACGAGCGUGGAUUCAGGGAAUAUGUCCGCACCAGCUCCUGCCAUAACCACAGAUCCGAUUGAGUACUCCAAGGAGAACGGACAAACGGGCACACAAUCCUCACCUUCCCCAUUGAAUUUCGAUCCUCAAGUCCGUGAGCCCUUGAAAACUGUUGAUGCAAACAAACCACACACUCCAGAUACAACGUUACCGCCUCCUCUUACGAGAGAGAAGACAGCGCCAGCAAUUGGUCCUGCAACGGAUAAGCCAACGCCUGUUCCCAAAGAAUCUGAGAUAGAAGGUCCAGUCUUAUUCAUUACCUUGCUUUUGAGUAGUACUGGAGCAAGGCAUCCAUACAAGCUUGACGAAAAAUACCUGCGAAAGCGCAAUGUGACGGUUGAGGGCAACAAUCCGAUCAACAUAAGCCUAUAUAAGCUGAAGGAACUCAUACUGAGAGACUGGCGGGAAGAAUGGGAGGCCAAGCCAUCCAGUCCCGAGUCCAUACGCCUGAUAUCCAUGGGCAAGAUGCUCAAUGACAAGUCGCGAUUAUCUGAUUCUGGUUUCACCAAUGGUCUCACACCCCACAUCAUCCACAUGACCAUCAAACCACAAGAGAUCGUGGACGAAGAAGACGCCAAGAUGAAGUCAGGGGGAAGAGACCGGGAUGGCAAUGAGAGAAGUCCAGGAUGUCGGUGCAUCAUUCAAUGA